UUGUCAGCUGAAAUCUACGACCGGCACUGAAAAUAGACCAACUUUAACAUACAAGUGGCACAUAAACAAUCACACAGAGCUGAAAUAUGUUCGAAAAAUAUAGUAACAAGAGUACAACUUGCACGACCGAAAAAAAGGAUAACAAAUAACUUAUGCAUAUAUCAUUGUCUACCAGUGGCGUUGCACACUCGAAACCCCUAAACAGAUAAGUAUGAAACGGACACAAAAACGUGUCCAGAGUGAUUCUCCACAGUGAAAGUAGUCCGUAUCGAACACAGCAGAUAGCGCAAUUUUCCAACAAAGUAACCCGAGUGAGGGGAUCUAACCGCCAUAGCCUACUGCAUUCCACCCGAAUAGGGGGAUCACAAACACUCGUCCUAGCUGGCUCACGUGUACACAUGCAAAAAGGACAACGGUGAAUACAUCUACACAGCCUAGGCCACGCCUCCAAUGCCAUCAUCAUCAUUCUAUCAUCGUCGUCAUCCCUUUCGCAAUUGUUUGCGGCUUGUAGCUUCUUCGCCAGAUCAAUAAUACAACCUGACUGUUGCUGGCGAGUGUUCCUCCUAUCUCUGUCGCACUCACGUGCUGUGUGUGGACAGUCCACGUGAGUGCGCCGCCGUUAUGAUCCGCUGGUGGUUGAAAUAUUUGCAGCGUCUUCCUUCUGCUGACGAACCGACACCAGACUCGGGCAUCCGAACAACAAAAACAACCGACAUUCCGAAAACCCCAAAAGCGGAUGAUCUGGCUUGGCAUAGGCGCGCUCCUGGUCCUGGUCUUGGUCCUGGCAUGGUAUGGUUUGAGCCGCUUGUUGGCAGUCAUUCCAAACGGAUAUCCACUUUACAUCGGCCAAGGUCUUUCGCUCCGACGCUCCUCCGGAAUUUACCAAUAAAUGAUUUGUGUGUCGUGAUGCGGUGUAGUGUGGUUUAGAGUUUUUUCUUCUGUUUGCGCUGGGCCUAUACAAGCAGUCUUGGAAGCAGCCCUGUUGGUCCAGUUGGUCGUCCUCUUGUUCUUGGACGAGGCGCAGUAGAAAAAAACAGGAUUCCGGUGCGAGGACAGAACCGAUUGAAUUUCUUCCUCUUGUUGCGCUCGUCGCGUCCGGACGUGAAAAUUAUGUCAAACUACCGUUGUUGGUCGGCCAUAGUGGGCAAAUAAGAGUGCAUUUUUCCCGCCGCAAAAGGACAUACCUUCGUGAAGAGGACUCGACGGUUGGUUGCGCCGAAGAUCGCGAUGCGAUGACUUCCUGAACGGUGCGCGGUGUCUCGGUUCGAUUUGGUGCACGGCCUGUACAUAGUUGUUGCUGGUGAUUUGUCGAUCGGUGAAGUGCGAUAACUUAUUGAUUAAUAAUAGAUUUUUGCAUGCAGCAAGUGGUUGUUGGUCUCCGUUGCAACGGAAGACAAAGUGCGCAACGAGUGGUACUUACACAAACAAAAGAAUUUCGCCAUUGUUGGUGGUUGCUGUAGUUUGGAAUGUGCACGGAAAAAGAAGUAAAAGAACUUUGAAUGGAUUUUUGUGAAGGUUCAACAAUUGGUGUCACCGUAAGGAUACAGUAAUUGCUCUCACAAUAUCAGUAUAGAGGAUUGCUGAAUAGUUUUAAAAUAAGGGUCAAACGGAAGUUCGGAAGCAAGAUGUAUGAAAGCUCUUGCUCAUAUCAAACGGCACUGGAUCUCAAACGGGCAGCUUCCCCGUUGAUAACACACCAGGUUAAGUCGGAAGAUUGCCUCGGACUGACACAAUGUGCUACCGAUUGGGGCUCUUAUCGAUUUCAUCAGUCCACCUUCGAGCAGUUGAAGCAAAGCGUGGAGAAAGCCAAGGCGGCCCUACAGGAUAGAACCGUCUUCCUUGGGAGCUCCAGUGCGUUCAGUGACAUUUACUCCUCCCCCCGGUUAACAGAGUCUCUGGAAAACGUGAUAUCGCAUAGUAGUGCCAACAGCAGUAACAAUGCGGAAAAUAACACAAGCAACAACAACACAAGUGGAACCUCCAGUAACAGUAUUAACAACUCCAGUGCGAACAAUGCUAGUGGUGGGAGUAGUGGAACCAGUGGUGGGGGUGGGAGUGGCUCGAGCAGUGGCAUAAGUGUGAUCAAUGCAACCUCCCUGGUCUCUCCCAGCAAUUUGUUGGUGAGCAAUGGCCUUUCGUCCCAACGGCAUCGAAGUGAUUUAUUAGGGACAGCUAACCUGAAUCUCGUCUCGUCAACUCAGUCCCCGACCACCACCUCGACUCCGUCGUCGAUUUUGUCCCAAAAUCUGGAAUCACCAUCGCUGGACGUCAAAUCGAGACAAGAUUCUUCGUACAAAUCAUCAUGGGGAUCUCACAGCUCAUCGCAAAGCCAAGGCUACAGUUCAAAUGCUCUUAGCAGCGUUAGCGUCGGGAAAACUUCAUUAGAUGCACAUUCACACUUUAGACAGCCAGAUCCAUAUCAGAUGUUUGGUCCCACCAGUAGUCGACUAGCUAGUUCAGGUUCAGGUCAAAUCCAGCUGUGGCAGUUUCUGCUGGAGUUACUAAGUGAUUCGGCCAACGCUGCCUGUAUCACGUGGGAAGGCACCAACGGCGAGUUCAAGCUGACCGAUCCGGACGAGGUGGCGAGGCGCUGGGGCGAGCGAAAGUCCAAACCAAACAUGAACUACGACAAGCUGAGUAGGGCGUUGAGAUAUUACUACGAUAAGAACAUCAUGACCAAGGUGCACGGCAAGCGUUACGCAUACAAAUUCGACUUCCAGGGGCUGGCCGCGGCUACGCAGCCCCAGACCGACCCGACCUACAAGUACCAAAGCGACCUGUUCAUGUCGCCGUACCACCACGGGGCCAAGCUGAGUUCCUUCAUGAGCCCGCACCACAGCAUGACGUCAUCUUCCGCAUCCAUCUUCCCAUCGGCGGCAUCCUGGGGCAACUGGGGCAGCCCGGCGACGAACCUGUACCCUUCGCACACGAUGUCACACGUGACGCCAUCGCAUGUCGCACCCCAUCUUGGAUCGUAUCCGCACUACGCAUGACCAUCACCGACGACGACCACCUCCACGCAUCAUCAUCACCACUCGCAGGUCGACAACUUCGACAUCUACAAGAAGUUGACGCCGUACGAAUAAUAGCAACAGCCGCAGCACCACUCUGAAGCUGCCACUGAACAGUUCUACCGACACAACCUAGAUAAAUGUAUUUUAGACCAUCUAAGCAAAUGUCUCAACUUUUAACCUUCCAACCGAAGCAGACAGAAGGAACGCGGGAAGAUGCAAAUAUUUUAAAGAUUAUACAAAAUGGAAUUCCAAGUCAGUGUAUACUAGCAAUAUUUUUGAUGUAAAGAAAACGAAACUCAUGUCGCAAAUAAGCAAAUGAAACAAACUAGUCUUCAGAUAAAGGAUCGAGUCAUCGUAGAUAUUAAAAUUAAAAUGUAUAAAGUUAUUUAUUACCUGUACAUAGAUAAGGAGACACGUUAGAACUAUAUUUUGUUUAUGAUUUGUGAUAUGUAAAAGAUAAUUGGCAAGUAUUACCAAACCACGGAAAUCUAGUCUUCUAAUUAUGUUUAAUUUAUUGAACAAAGCAGUGCAAAAGUCUCUAGUUGGUAGGAAUUGCAAGUAAGAAUUCUGUUCAAUAGGUUGUAAAUCAUUCUCUGAAAUAUUUCUCAUUUCACAAAUAAAAAAGCAAAUAUUCGUACAUACAAAGACUGUGAUAGUUAACGACACUUGUUAAAAUUUUGUUCUCGCAACAGUUUUUACUCAAAUCGUCUACAACUAUUGAGGGGGAACUAUGUUUUAUCAUAAAGAUGAAAAUACAAUAUCUUUACGUGUAAAUGAAAGUCUUAGCUCCUACAACUGUACAUAGCAAUACUUAUACAAAACAGAACAUAUUCAAGGCGUA